AUGAAAAAAUACGGUGUUCUGAUUUUCCAUGUCCUUCUGAUUUAAAUUUUUAGAUUUUAGAAUUUUUAAAUGGUUUACUUCAAAAAAAUCCUUAAAAUAGAAUGUUUAUUUCAAAAAUAAAAAUACAUCCAUUUAUUUUGUAUUAUAUUUAAAUCUAUCAUUUAUAGUAAAUAUUCAUAAUCAAUAAUUCUGUAGAAGACUUUGGCUAAUGAUUUUGAAAUUUGUGAAAUAAUUAGUAAUGGUUGUUGGUAUUGAUAAUUAAAAAUGUAGAGAGAUGAUUUAAAAUAACAAACAUAGUGCAACAACUAUAUCUUAUCAUCUAUUAAACAUUUACUAAAAAUUUUAAUCCUUAUAAACUUAAAGACUUUGAACUCAUUAAAGUAUAAAAUUUGCAAUAGAAAAACCAAACUAAUCUACCCAACAUCGCUCAAACCCAAGUAUAGCAAUAAAAUUACAUUUUGCUAUUUUUCGUUUAUUUUUUAGUUAGUCAAACUCUAAUACUUAAGAAUUUAAAAUUAAUCUCAUAUCAUAAAAAAAUAAAAUCUUAUCAAACUCAGAUAUAAAUACCUAGAUGUUUAAAAAUAGAAUUUUAGAAAAGACCUAAAUCAACAGAGAGAAGAUUAAUUACAGACUAAGAGCGAUGGGAAAAAAACAAGAUUAAUCAUGAAUUGAAAGAAAAAAAUAUUUCUUAUAAAUCAUAUGUUUCAAAAUCAAGUAAAUCACCUAUUAUUUAUAUUGAAUACAAGUUAAAACAGAAUUAUGUGAUUAAAUAUGAUUACUAAAGUAUAUUAAAAAAAACAAUAAUAAAAUUUUUACAAUUAAAUACUAUAUAAAUCGACUACAUUAUGCUUUAAGAAUAAAUAAAAUCCUUAAGUUCAUUUCCCAAUCUCUCAACUCUUUGUAAAAAAGAUUAAAAACAGAAAUAAUCUUUAGAAAAAUUGUUAAAGCAUAAACCAAAUGUAGUUAAGAGUUUAGAUAUCUAUGCUUAAAAUAUAGAAGAAUACCUGAAAGAUUAGAGAAAGAGAAUUGCUUAUUUAAAAAAAAGAGAAGAACCCUAUUAUGAUUCUAAACCGAUCUAAGCUUAUGAUGAGGCACUAAUUAUGUAAUUCAAUAGAGUUAAGGCUAAACAAUAUUAUUUGCAACAAUCCCAAAAAAAAAUAUCAUAACAACCCUCUCCUGAGUAAUAACGUAAUAGAACCCCAUCUAAAUAUUUCGAUAAGAAUUAUACUCCUUUGAAAAGAAAUGAAAAAUUUGAUAUUCCAUCUCUUUAACCUAUAAAUGUUUCACCUCCAAAAGAACUUAAACCAAUUUAAUUUAGAGUAAAAUUUAACAUUUAUUAAGAUAGUAUAAUUAUACGAUGUAAUUAAAUGAUCCAAUUCUUAAACAAGUUCUUAGUACUCGUUAAUAAUGGAUAGAAGUUCCAAAUAAUUCAUUUUCUCAUCUAUAAUGGUUAACUUAACUCUUAGAUUUUAGUAAUCUUAUAAAAUAAGAUGCUGUUUCUAAGAGAUAAAUGGUUAAUUUAAUGGAGUUUUAGCAUGAAUGGUCAGCUAAAUCAUAAUUAUAUAUUUGUCUAUGUUCCAUUUCACCAGAAUAAGCAUUAAAAGUAUUACCAACAGGAUUUGUUUUAAAUUUUAAAAUAUCAUAAUGGGUUGAAGAUUUAGAUUUUAUUUAAGAUUAUUUUAUUGCUAAUCACCCUGAAAAAGAAAAAUAAUAAAAAUUUCCAUUUUCUGUUUAUAUCCCUAAUAAAGGUGGUUUAACAUUUAAUAAAUAAAUUUCAAAACUAAUUUAAGAUAUUCCAAAGUUAUGGAUAUGUAAAUCAGCCCUAGGAAAUGGUGCUAAGUUAAUUCAUAACAUUGAUUAAUUAUAAUAAUUUUUAAUACAAUAAUACAAAGAAUCAAAAGAGUUUGUGAUUUAAAAGUAUAUAACAAAUCCACUUUUAUAUGAUGGAAAGAAAUUUGAUGUUUAAAUCAAUGUAUUAGUUAAUUAAGAUAAUUAAAUUUAUAUUUCAUCAGAACCAACAGGAAGGUGUUGUACUCUUAAUUAUGAUCUUAAUUCGGUAAUCAAUUUAAUUUAAAUUAUUUAGGAAGAUCCUUUUGUUCAUACAAAACCAAAAUAAGCUAUUUCUCAUAAAAACUUAGUAGAGUUUUUAGAAUCUUAAGGGAUUCCUUUAAAAGAUUUUAUAAAUUAAAUUAAGGCUUCAAUUUCUUUGAUUCCUUGUAAAUUAAAUAGACGAUAAAGAAAAUAUUGUAUGUAAAUUUUCGGCUUUGAUUAUUUAAUUGAUGAAACCAAAAAAAUUUAUUUAAUUGGAAUAAAUGCAAAUCCAACUUAUAGUUUUAUAGAAUUAGAUGGGGCUUUUAGAUUAACUUUAGAUAAAAUUUUUCCAAUCAAUAAUAAACUGGAAGAAAAAUCUGUCUGGAUAUCCCUAAUUUGA